AUGAGCUGUGUUUAUUCUGUCAGUGAUCAGAACCUGACUCCUCUGUCUGCUCUCACUACUGUAGUUUAUUCUGUCAGUGAUCAGAACCUGACUCCUCUGUCUGCUCUCACUACUGUAGUUUAUUCUGUCAGUGAUCAGAACCUGACUCCUCUGUCUGCUCUCACUACUGUAGUUUAUUCUGUCAGUGAUCAGAACCUGACUCCUCUGUCUGCUCUCACUACUGUAGUUUAUUCUGUCAGUGAUCAGAACCUGACUCCUCUGUCUGCUCUCACUACUGUAGUUUAUUCUGUCAGUGAUCAGAACCUGACUCCUCUGUCUGCUCUCACUACUGUAGUUUAUUCUGUCAGUGAUCAGAACCUGACUCCUCUGUCUGCUCUCACUACUGUAGUUUAUUCUGUCAGUGAUCAGAACCUGACUCCUCUGUCUGCUCUCACUACUGUAGUUUAUUCUGUCAGUGAUCAGAACCUGACUCCUCUGUCUGCUCUCACUACUGUAGUUUAUUCUGUCAGUGAUCAGAACCUGACUCCUCUGUCUGCUCUCACUACUGUAGUUUAUUCUGUCAGUGAUCAGAACCUGACUCCUCUGUCUGCUCUCACUACUGUAGUUUAUUCUGUCAGUGAUCAGAACCUGACUCCUCUGUCUGCUCUCACUACAGUAGUUUAUUCUGUCAGUGAUCAGAACCUGACUCCUCUGUCUGCUCUCACUACUGUAGUUUAUUCUGUCAGUGAUCAGAACCUGACUCCUCUGUCUGCUCUCACUACUGUAGUUUAUUCUGUCAGUGAUCAGAACCUGACUCCUCUGUCUGCUCUCACUACUGUAGUUUAUUCUGUCAGUGAUCAGAACCUGACUCCUCUGUCUGCUCUCACUACUGUAGUUUAUUCUGUCAGUGAUCAGAACCUGACUCCUCUGUCUGCUCUCACUACUGUAGUUUAUUCUGUCAGUGAUCAGAACCUGACUCCUCUGUCUGCUCUCACUACUGUAGCAUGUCAGCUAACUAUCUCAGCUCCUAUAGACUUACGUCAUGCUUCUGUCACUCUCACAGUUUAGUGCAGUAAUAUGACGGCUUUAGGUGGAGCACCAGACAGUAACCACUUAUAAUGACAACUGGAAGAGCUUUGUAGUGGUUAACACUGAAACUCCAUGUGCUGGUGGUGUUGGUGGAGGUGUUAGUGUUGGUGGAGGUGUUUCAUGUCACACACGUUACAUCCUGUAUAGGGAAUAUACACUAAUGUUAAUUAGCCAUGACAGUGGAGCUGGAUUCAGAACUGGAACAUUAUUCAGUGUUAAAAGUCAAGGAUUUUAUAUCUGAGUGUGUGAGUGAGUGAGUGUGUGAGUGAGUGUGUGAGUGAGUGUGUGAGUGAGUGAGUGUGUG